AUGACUAGUUCGUCAAGAUUCAGGUAUGUUUAGGUUUAUCAGAGAAAUUUUUAGUAUUUUUUUAUCAAAGAAAAUUGUUUAAGGGAAGAUGUUGCGACCAUUUUUGAUGUUUUUUGUGAGAUCGGGUCAAUAUUGCCAGGGGAAAAAUCUGGACAAUUAUUAACGCGUUAUCCAGAAGACUAUAAUGAUGAAUCGAUAUUACGAAGUAUACAACAAUUUGCGUUUCCAUGCAAUAUGAGAAGGUUCGUUUUUUUUUUUGUUUUUUGUUCAUAUUUCUGGAUGAAAAACACAUUAAAAUUGAUUUUUUAAGCGGCGAAAAUGAGGCUGUUCAAUUAUUCAGUUUUGUUUUGACCGAUUCAGCGUCGAAAUAUUCAUUUGGGUUUUGUAGAUAUACACCAAGAAAUGAUACGUGUAUUUGUUUGUUGAGGUGGGUGGAAAAUGACGAUUUUGUUCUAGAAAGAACAAAAAAAUGGAACAUUUUUUAUUACAGCGCGUUUUUCUGGCCCAAUGUUUUUUACAAAGCGUUGAACGAAAUCUCGAUGGUCAUGAAUGCUGGAUCACAAUCGGAUAUGGAUACCAUUUUGACAAGAAUUUAUCACACAGAUAUUCCAAACGCUGGAGAUGUUUUGAGAUUUUCACUUCCAACUGUAAGCUUCGAUUUUUUUUUGAUUUUGAAUUUCAAAAAUGAAAAACAAUUUUUCAGUCAAACCAUCGUUUUGAAGCCAAAAUCCCAGACUUGACAAAACUUCCAACUCUUCGAGAAGACAAAUAUAUGUUAGAAUUUUAUAAUGCCGUGUCAGCUAGACAAUUAAUUGCAAUUUAUUCGAGGUUUGAUUGAAAAAUGAGCUAAUUUUGAAUCUUGGGAAUUUUCAGCAUGUUGAAAGAGAGACGAAUCAUUUUUACUGGUAAAAAGUUGAGUCAACUGAGUUCGUGUAUUCAUGCAUGCUCGAUGUUGCUAACGCCAAUGUCUUGGUGAGUUUUUUAAUGUUUGAAAGAAUACAUAGACCACCCACGACGCCUAAAUUACACUUUCUUAUAGAAAGUUUCUAUGUAAAAUAGUAUGAGAGAAAAUGAACUGAAAAAGUGCCUUUGUCAGUUUUUUGUCGAAUUGAUAAAAGUUUUCAAGUUUUACAUUAAAAAAAAUAAACAUGUCGAAAUAUUUCUCAUAAGUUUUCAUCAGUUUUGAUUUCUGAAAUAUUAGAUAAAGAUAUGAAGAUACAAGUCUGAAAUCCACAGUUCAGUAGGAUAAUAAAACAGUCAGCAGAAACGAGUCAUUUCAAUUCUCACAUUCAAUAAAUAUUUUUUUCCAGGCAAUCGGUAUUCAUUCCUGUUUUGCCAGCUAGUCUUGAUGAAAUGGUUAUGGCACCAAUGCCAUAUCUCAUUGGUGUUCCAAAACAAGUUUUGGAGAAUAGCGUAAGUCUCUCUCUUUCCCCUUUUCCAAAAUUCCACCACCUAAUUUCUUUUUUUUUCAGAAAUUGAAAGAUGUUGGUGAUAUUGUUAUCGUUGAUGUCGAUGAAAAAACAUUAGAAAGCCCAUUUGAUGACGUGGCAUCGAUGCCAAAUGAAGUUGUAUCAUUUUUGAAAUCCCAAUUGAAAUCGACGACUGAUAUGAAUGACUCAUUUGCUAGAAUUUUUUUGCGAGCAAAUGUUAUUUUGUUUGGAGAUUAUCGAUCGGGAUUUGUUCGUUCUGAAAAUGGAGAUACUCAUUGGGAUAAAGAUAAAUUUGUGGAAAAUCAGAAAUCGAGUUUUCAACAGUUUUUAUCGUCGUUGUUAGGUGCUGAUGGGGUGCAAUAUUUGGAAAGAGUACGUUUUAACUGGGUUUUUAAGGAAAUGAAUCAUCAUUUCUUAAUUUGUAUAGAAAUGGUCUGUAUGAAUAGUUCAAAGCCUCAGCAAUUUCAUAUCACUUCAAAAAUAAAAUCUAAUCUAAAAUCUAGUGAUAAACUUCGAAUAAAAAAUAAAAGUUGAUUUUCAGUUCAUUCACGAUCGUUUGGAUAUUUUGAAACAAGGUGCUGCGGUUUGUGAUGAAUUUGAACUAGAAAUUGAGCAUAUGGAUUUGAAAAGCCGCCAGGUAACCAAUUUAUGAAUUAUUAUUAGCAUAGAUUUCCUAAAUUUUGAAACGGCGCAAAUUAAAAAAAUCAAACAACAAAAUUUUAGAAUGUGAACUCGGAAGCGCUCCAGCAGGCUAUGCAAUCAGUAAGAAAUCUUGCAAUUUUGAACUUUUUGAAAAUGUUGUUUUGUGUUGUUUUGCGCACUGCACUUUGCGCAUUUUUUGAACGUAGCACUUUAUAUUUUUUUACUGUAUUUUCAUUAUUGUCAGCGCAAAAAAUUUCGAUGGUUGAAAAAAAUGUUUGGUGUGAGUUGAGUUGGAUGGUGAUCUUUUUUCUUCAUAAACCACUUUGUUUUGACUUUUGAACUUGUUGUGUGUCCUUCAUUGUGUAGGACAUUUUGGAAUGUCUUUUUUGUGAACUUUUUCAUUUGUUCUGUCCCAUGUCCAGUUCAAAAUGCACCCAAAUACAUAUUACUUAUAGGUCCGAGAUAAUGCGAGCGAUGUUAUUGGAGCUUUGAAAGAUAAAGUCUCUGGGAUACAACUUGCUAACAAGCUCAAUAAAUUGACACCAAAAGAAAUUCGAAAAGCUGCAUCGAAAAAGAAAAAUGGAAAUGUAAAUCCAAUGUCUUUUGAUAAUGUUCAAUGGGAAAGAAUGGUAAGUGAAUUUUAGUAUCUAGUUUAGUAUCCAGUUCAAGAAACAAUGUCCGUUUGUAUUUCUAAAAUUGUAUUUUUUCAGCGUAGUGAUGAAUCUGACACGUCACCAAUUGAUGCGCCAAAAUCUUCAGAAGUUCCUACUGCUAAUUUGAUCGAUUUUGAUAGUCCAGUACCGAAUACAUCUGUAAAUAAGUGGAAUGAAUUUUUGAAACCAACCAAUUUUCAACAACCAAUUCCACAACCGUAAGUUGUUAAAAAUGUUCUUAUUUUAUUAUAAAAUUUUGUUUUUUUUUCAGGAAUGUUUUCACUGAUCCAUUUUCAUUAUUGGAAACACCGCCAAAUCCUAGUCAACCAGCUUCUUCAUCAUUUGUGCCGGCACAAAAUGGAUGGGAGAAAUUUGAAUGA